CUUUCAGCACCGCCUUGUGGUCCCAGGUAAGUUUCCACUCUGGUACUUCAGCCCUGGACUCGAACCUGCGGACACGCUGCGGCUGCAAUGCCCCACCCGCCAGACCUCUACUCGGAGUACGCAGCCCGGCUGGUGAGAAACAUCGUGCACUCUGACUUCCACGCGUGGAAUGGGGAGAUGGACCGCACGGCGGGCAAACCUGCUCGGGCUGAUGGACGGCAGGCGGACUGUGUGCGCAGGCACAGGCGGCAGCACGGAUAGAGCCAGCCAGCCAGCCAGCCAAAGCCAGGCCAGCACAACUGACGGUCCCCGAUCCCGCCAGGAGGCGGCCGAGCGCCAACUUUACGAUACUGCGCCUGCGCCACGACCGCCAACGCUCCUACUCUACGCUUGCGCGGCACAACUUAGAGCCGACUAGAGCUGGAAGAUGGCGGCGUCCGUGGUCUGCCGGGCCGCUACCUCCGGGGCACAAGUGCUAUUGCGCGCCCGCCGCUCGCCGACCCUGCUGCGGACGCCAGCCUUGCGGAGUACGGCAACCUUCGCUCAGGCGCUCCAGUUCGUGCCGGAGACGCAGGUUAGCCUGCUGGACAACGGCCUGCGUGUGGCCUCCGAGCAGUCCUCUCAGCCCACUUGCACGGUGGGAGUGUGGAUUGAUGUUGGCAGCCGUUUUGAGACUGAGAAGAACAAUGGGGCAGGCUACUUUUUGGAGCAUCUGGCUUUCAAGGGAACAAAGAAUCGGCCUGGCAGUGCCCUGGAGAAGGAGGUGGAGAGCAUGGGGGCCCAUCUUAAUGCCUACAGCACCCGGGAACACACAGCUUACUACAUCAAGGCGCUGUCCAAGGAUCUGCCAAAAGUUGUGGAGCUCUUGGGUGACAUUGUGCAGAACUGUAGUCUGGAAGACUCACAGAUCGAGAAGGAACGUGAUGUGAUCCUGCGGGAGAUGCAGGAGAAUGACGCAUCUAUGCGAGAUGUGGUCUUUGACUACCUGCAUGCCACAGCAUUCCAGGGCACACCUCUAGCCCAGACUGUGGAGGGGCCCAGUGAGAAUGUCAGGAAGCUGUCUCGUGCAGACUUGACCGAGUACCUCAGCACUCAUUACAAGGCCCCUCGAAUGGUGCUGGCAGCAGCUGGAGGAGUGGAGCACCAGCAACUAUUAGACCUUGCCCAGAAGCACCUUGGUGACAUCCCUUGGACAUACGCAGAGGACACCAUGCCCGCUCUUACUCCGUGCCGCUUCACUGGCAGUGAGAUCCGCCACCGUGACGAUGCUCUACCUUUUGCUCAUGUGGCCAUUGCAGUAGAGGGUCCUGGCUGGGCCAGCCCGGACAAUGUGGCCUUGCAAGUGGCCAAUGCCAUCAUCGGCCACUAUGAUUGCACUUACGGUGGUGGCGUGCACCUGUCCAGCCCACUGGCUUCAGGUGCCGUGGCCAACAAGCUAUGCCAGAGUUUCCAGACCUUCAGCAUCUGCUAUGCAGACACAGGCUUGCUGGGUGCACACUUUGUCUGUGACCGAAUGAAAAUCGAUGACAUGAUGUUCGUCCUGCAAGGGCAGUGGAUGCGCCUGUGUACCAGUGCCACGGAGAGUGAGGUGGCCCGGGGCAAAAACAUCCUCAGAAAUGCCCUGGUAUCUCAUCUAGAUGGCACUACUCCUGUGUGUGAGGACAUUGGUCGCAGCCUCCUGACCUAUGGCCGCCGCAUCCCCCUGGCUGAAUGGGAAAGCCGGAUUGCGGAGGUGGAUGCCAGUGUGGUGCGUGAGAUCUGCUCCAAGUACAUCUAUGACCAGUGCCCAGCGGUGGCUGGAUAUGGCCCCAUUGAGCAGCUCCCAGACUACAACCGGAUCCGUAGCGGCAUGUUCUGGCUGCGCUUCUAGGCAGGAAGCCUGUGUAAACAAGAGAGCUGGGCCGGGGCUCAUGGUCCCCCCACCACAAACACAGCACUCCGGCUCCUCUAACCUGUGCCGCAGGUGACCACCAAUAAAAUCUUCUGCUGAGAAA